CCGCGCCGGGUCGCCAUCUCCUACAGGAGCCGCCGGCAAGGGCGCUACGAGGAAGCUAUUUGGAGCGUUGCCGGAGAGGAGAAGUUGAAAUUACAGAUAUCCUGUCAAAAUGAUUUCUUCAAAGCCCAGACUUGUCGUACCCUAUGGCCUUAAGACUCUGCUCGAGGGACUUACCAGAGCCAUUCUCAAAACUAAGCCACCAAACAUCACCCAGUUUGCAGCAGUUUAUUUUAAAGAACUUAUUGUGUUUAGAGAAGGGAAUACUUCUCUGGAUAUAAAAGAUCUGAUUAAACGUUUUCAUCAGAUUAAAGUAGAGAAAUGGUCAGAUGGAACGGUACAAGAGAAGAAACCAGAAUGUGUAGAAGAACCAGAAAGAACAUCUGUAGUUUCUCUAGAACCUACCCGGAUAGAAAAAUCUACAGACACAGAGGAGGACAAUGUAACUGGACCACUAGUUAGUAACAAAACCACUCAGUUUCCGUCAAUUCAUGCUGAGCUUCCAGAGUCUGGGGAGACAACCGAAGCAGUCUGUGGUAAUUCCAAACCAACCACACCUAAGGUCAGCACCCCACCCUCAUCACCACUUCCAGCAGCUGUCUCACCAGAGUUUGCCUACGUCCCAGCCGACCCAUCUCAGUUUGCUGCUCAGAUGUUAGCAAUAGCAGCAAGCGCAGCAGGACAACCACCACCAUAUUCUAACAUGUGGACCCUUUAUUGUCUAACUGAUAUGAAUCAACAAAGUCGCCCAUCACCGCCACCUGAACCUGGGCCUUUCCCCCAAGCAACCCUCUAUUUAUCUAAUCCUAAGGAUCCACAGUUUCUGCAGCAUCCACCGAAAGUUACUUCUCCAACUUAUGUGAUGAUGGACGACGGCAAGACCAGUGCCCCACCUUUUAUUUUAGUUGGCUCAAAUGUCCAGGAAGCACAGGAAUGGAAACCUCUUCCUGGACAUGCUGUUGUUUCACAGUCAGGUGCCUUGAAGAGAUAUGCUGCAGUACAAGUACCCAUUGCUGUUCCUGCAGAUCAGAAAUUCCAGAAACAUAGCCCAAAUCCCCAGAAUGGUAGUCCUCCUACAAAUGGACAAGAUGCCCCCAGACCACAAAGCCCCAUUUUUCUUUCUGUUGCUUUCCCAGUAGAAGAUGUAGCCAAAAAAAGUUCAGGAUCUGGUGAUAAAUGUACUCCCUUUGGAAGUUACGGUAUUGCUGGAGAAAUUACCGUGACUACUGCCCAUGUUCGCAAAGCUGAAACAAAAACUGAUCCCGAAAAUGACGCUGUUUGAGUCAACGUUCGAUGUGGAGUCUGCCACCAAGCAUAAUCAAUAAAUUUUGUGCAAGCAUAAAACCUUGUAUUAUUUUUACAGAGGUAUAAAACCAAAGACCUUAAAUCUUUCCACACUGUUGAAGUGAUAGCAUUUUCUAACUUGUGUGUGUGUAUAUAUAUAUUUUAUAUCAUUCCUGCUCUUAACAGAUCUAGCCAAGUAUUCCUAUUUUAUAAUUCUGUAUUUGGCAUUCAGUGAAUUAAUAUGGUAGCACCUCUGUAUAAUACUGUAUUUACUCAGAUUAUUGAAUGUUAUCUACUUGCCACUGUGCAUGAUACGUGGCUGGAUAUUUGGCCCUGUGGACUUCGCACCACAAGGACUUCUUUGAAAACACUAAGUAGCAACAUUAGCAUACUUGAAAAUUUAAAAGACACCACACAUUUUUGGAACAUUCUAAUGCCUUUAUUUAGCAUCAGGUAGAUUAUUUCAUUAUAACACUUGUUAACUUCAAGACAGCAAUUAAAAUAAUUUACUGGUAGCUACCUAAGGCCCCUUGGAACAAUAUUUAGUUUGGGGUUUGGGUGGAUAAAUACCAUAAGAUUAAUGUGCCCCAAUUAAAGGGGCAAAGCUACUGUACAGUAGGUCUCCAUACAUAUUUUAAGUACAUAGUAUCUUGCAAACUGGAAAUGCACAAGACCUCCUUUUAUAUAGUUUGAUAUUUAUAAUACACGAGUGUAAUUUCUCUGGCAUUUGCCACUAGAAGUUGAGGCAUUUAAAAAGGUUUGUCAUUAUGUAAUAAUGAUGGUGAUUAAAAUCUCUUUCUAGGACAUUUUUAUGAAUUGCUAGAUUAAUUAUACAUAUUUUCAGUUCAAAUGUAGGAUUUAAACAUACUUUAAUGACAUUACAGAAAACUGUAAAAGCACUAAAGUAAAUGAAUACCUUUUCCAGUUUAAUUUUUUAGAAUUUUCAAAUCAGCAUUUCUUUUUGGAGGGAGGGAAGGUAUAAAACAGGAUUAUUAUGAAUAAUAGCCAUCUUAUCAAUACUUUACAAAAUGACAUAACCUCUGCAUUUGAGCACAUAAACAUUGUAUAGGAGAAUUCUAAACAUUUCAAAGUUACAUCUAAAACAUUCAAGCAUGACCAUCAUAAAAAUAUUCAAAAUAACUUGAUUUGAGAUUAUAUAAUUCCAUAAAGCUAAAGUUAUAGGUAUAAACCUUCAGUAAAUAUGGCAACAACCACAAAAAGCAUAUUCUCCAGCAGUUUCUUACUCUCUAUAAAAUAGUAUUCCAAAUAUGUUUGGAUAGCAAAAUUAUGCAUUCUUUCCUAAGACUUUCAUCACCAAUAUCACCUAUUCUAUUAUGCCCUAAUUCUAUUGGAUGAAAUACAAGUUAUCUCAUGAGCAGGGUUUUUUUUUUUUUUUAAAGG